AUGGUGGUGAAUAAAGAAGACCCGGGUGCAUUUACUAUUCCUUGUACUAUUAGGGUGUACAAAUUUGGAAAAGCAUUAUGUGAUCUUGGGUCAAGUAUUAAUUUGAUGCCAUUAGCCGUGUUUCAAAAGUUAGGCUUGGGUGCUCCUAAGCCUACCAUUAUGAGGCUUCUAAUGGACGAUUGUUCAAUCAAAAAGCCCAUUGGUGUGUUGUAUGAUGUUUUGGUAAAAGUUGACCAGAUUAUCUUUCUGGAAAACUUCAUUAUUCUUGAUUGUGACAUUGAUCAUGAGGUCCCAAUCAUUCUUGGUAGACCAUUCUUGGCUACCGUAAAGGCUUUAGUGGAUGUGGAAUGUUAUGAGAUAAAAUUUUGGGUGAACAAUAAAGAAGUAUCCUUCAAUGUGUGA